CUUUCUUUGAUAUUUUCACCACAAAAAUUCAGCAAAAUUUCUCCAAAGAAAAAAAACUAAAACAAGCUGAAUAAAUACAUUAAAAAAUACAAUCUUUCUCAUAACUUAUAAAAAACAGAGCUCAAAAAUUCGUUUCCUUUUCCACUUUACCACAAAAAACAUCAUCAUAUCUUUGUUUUUUCAAGUUGGUUACUCUCAGAUGGGAACAGAUGCUGGUUUUGGUGAAUUAUCUGGUUUGAAAUUUGGAGAUGAGACUGAUUUUCUUGAUUUACAUCAGUAUCCAAGUUUGAGUAAUGGAUACAAAUCCAAUGCCAAUGGCAUCUCAUUUGAUUUAGACUUUAACAUUUUAGAUAGUUCAUUUGUGUUGCCUUGCGAAUCGGAUACUCGUAACGAUGCUCCUCCGUCUGUGUCGACCACUACGGAAGGAGACUCUCCGUCGGAUGAUAAUGACUUCUCGGAUACUAUUCUUAGUUACAUACGCGAGAUGCUCAUGGAGGAGGAUAUGGAACAGAAGCCGUGUAUGUUCCAUGAUCCUUUAGUUCUUCAAGCUGCAGAGAAAUCGCUUCAUGAUGUUCUUGGUGAGAAAUGCUCAUCGUCGCCAGAUCGAUCCUCUUCUUAUGGUGAUCAAUUUUUGGUUGAUAGCCCGUGUGAGGGGUUAUCGAGUAGUUUCAGUGAUUAUAGCUGCUGUAGCAGUUCUGUAACUAAUGCUAGCAGCAGCUCAGCCGAACAACAAUGGUCUCAUGGGGAUUUUGCAGAGUACAAACCGUUGUUUUUGCAAACACCGAUUCCUACGAAUUUUGUUUUCCAAUCGACUGCAAACUGCAAUUUGCAACAGCAUAUCAAAUCACAAAAUAGGUUAUCAAGUUAUGGUAAUGAUGUUUUUGGCUCUUUUGAGAGUAAAAUUACAGUGCCAAAUUUGUUUAGUGAGAGUAAUUUGGCGUUGCAGUUUCAGAGAGGCGUAGAGGAAGCUAAUAAGUUCCUUCCGAAGGUUAAACAAUUGGUUAUUGAUUUAGAGCCUAAUGCAUCAAUGCUAGAGACGAAGGAACCGAGUUCAAAUGUAGUACUUAAACGAGAGAAUGAGGAGGGGGAGUAUUCGCCGAAUUCAAUUAAAGGAAAGAGGAAUCAUAAACGAGAAGAUGAAGAUUUUGACGAAGAACGAAGUAACAAACAGUCAGCAAUUUACGUAGAUGAAACCGAGCUUGCGGAGAUGUUCGAUAAGGUUUUAGUAUGUACAGGGGAAAAAGGCAGACCCCCUCCCUGUAUAAUGAAUGACAGUUCGAAAAGUGUAUCAAACAAGACGCUGCAGCAGAAUGGACAAACAAAUGGAUCUAACGGUGGCAAGACUCGGGCUAAGAGACAAAUAAGUAAGGAGGAAGUGGUUGAUUUGAGGACGCUCAUGAUUUUAUGUGCACAAGCCGUCUCCGGAGGUGACCAGAGGACUGCAAAUGAAUUACUUAAGCAGAUCAGGCAUCACUCAUCGCCUUUUGGUGAUGGAUCCCAGAGAUUAGCUCAUUGCUUUGCCAAUGGUCUCGAAGCUCGUUUAGCUGGGACCGGAGCCCAAAUCUAUACUGCUUUGUCUUUCGAAAAAGCGUCAGCUGCAGAUAUGUUGAAAGCUUAUCUUGCUUAUAUUUCCGCCUGUCCGUUUACCAAGAUUGCAAUAAUUUUCACAAACCAUACUAUUAUGCAAGUUUCUAAGAACGCCUCAACACUUCAUAUAAUAGAUUUUGGUAUAUUAUAUGGUUUCCAGUGGCCUGCUCUGAUUUAUCGCCUCUCAAAAAGACCAGGCGGACCUCCCAAGUUACGUAUUACCGGGAUUGAGCUUCCCCAAAGUGGCUUUCGGCCAGGUGAGAGAGUUCAAGAGACAGGCCGUCGCUUAGCAAAAUAUUGUGAGCUCCAUAAAGUUCCAUUUGAGUACAAUGCCAUAGCAAAGAAAUGGGAAAAUGUCCAAAUUGAUGAUCUCAAGAUCAAUAACGGUGAAUUUGUUGCUGUUAGUUGUUUGUUACGAUCCAAAAAUCUACUCGAUGAGACUGUUAUGAUCAACAGUCCUAAGAAUGCGGUAUUAAACCUAAUCAGAAAGACAAAUCCAAAUAUAUUUAUUCAUAGUAUUGUGAAUGGUUCGUAUAAUGCACCAUUUUUCGUGACAAGGUUUCGGGAGGCUCUUUUUCACUUCUCUGCAUUAUUUGAUAUGUUUGAUGCUAAUAUGUCCCGUGAAGAUCAGAUGAGACUGAAGUUUGAGAAAGAAUUUUUUGGGCGGGAGGCUUUGAAUGUGAUAGCAUGUGAAGGGUCGGAAAGAGUCGAGAGACCUGAGUCGUACAAGCAAUGGCAGGUUCGAAGCAGGAAGGCUGGAUUAAAGCAACUUCCUCUGGAUGAUCAACUAGUGAAGAAACUUAGGAGUCGGGUCGAGCAACGAUACAACAAUGAUUUUGUGGUAAAUGAAGAUUGUCAAUGGAUGCUGCAGGGUUGGAAGGGACGUAUUAUCUGCGCAUCUUCUGCCUGGGUUCCUGCAUAGGAUUCUUGUCGAGUCUUACAUUUAUGUUACGCGGAAACUCGUCGAGUCAUACGUUUUGGUAUUUCGUUCUGAAAUUCUGAAACUCUAUGUUAUAACUUAUUAUUAUAAAAAAUGACUUGUCGAGUUUUACGUUUGUGUUGAUUUAACAAGGGACGGUACUCCUAACCUAUGUUGCACCAUAAUUUAUCGAGUCCUAUGUUUCGGUGUUUUAAUUCCGUUUUCAGAAAUGCUUCUGAAAUUUUGAAACUCUAUAUUUAUCACCUUAGGAGCAACAUGACUUGUCAGAGUUUUACGUUUGUGCUGCUGUAACAAGGAAGGGAACCUGUAACCUCUCUUGCACAGUAGACGUCAACAUUUUGGUGUUUUAAUUCCGUUUCCAGAAAUGCUUCUGAAAUUUUAAAAAUCUAUACUUUUCACCUUAGGAGCAACACGUCUUGUCGAGUUUUACGUUUGUGCUGCUGUAACAAGGGAGGGAACUUGUAACAUAUGUUGCACGGAAGAGUUUUACCUGGAACUCUAUAUUUAUACCAUGUUCUUGUAAAAAAUGUUGUUUUAGUAUACUCUGUUUCGACGUUUCUCGUUUCCGUGUUUUUGUGCUUCAUAGCUUGUAUCAGGGUCUGGUUGGAUAUUAAUUUCCAGUUUUAUCCACAUCUUAUUAUCUUCUGUAACCUAAUUUGAGAGCUCUUUCAAAUGUCAUGACUUGCUAGAUGGAAUAAUAUAUGAAGUUUUUAUAAAUCAUCUUCUGUAA